AGAAAGCUGGUCACGUGGAGGGAGGCGGGGUAAGGGAGGAGCAGGCUCUGCUGGUGGCUGUCAGAGUAGGAGGAGGGAGAAGAUGGUGGAGCUGGAGAUAGCAGCAACUGAAGGAAGGGCUUAUUUCCUAGGCUUCCUGCUGUUAUCUGUGCUGUCAUCUUACCUGGUGUUAUAAUUGCUGUUCUGCCUGCUGAGGUGGUCUGCACAGAAUCAAAUCAAGGGUCUCUUUACAGCUAAGGAUACUUCAACUGGAAAAAAAAACCCGAGGCAACAGCAGCUAUCAGCAUCAGAAGUACAGUGUUGUGGCAGAAUAACCUCACUCUUUUAAUUUCUUUCCAGCCUUGGUAGACAAAUACCUACCAAAGGCCUACAUACCAGAACUUUCCAUGAACCAUUUGGUUGUACCAUCUGAGGGAGAGGUGAAUGAAGAGCCAGCAAAUGAAGAGAUGAAUGAGUCAGUGGAAGCUGACCUGGAGCACUCGGGGGUAGAAGAGGAACAACAGUAUGUGAUUCGCUACUCAAGGCACAGAAACAGCUGCCAAGGGAUACUGUCUGGGCAGGAAGAGGAAGGGAUGCUAGCUCGAUCAGCCAGCACUGAGAGCGGCUUCCACAAUCACAUGGAUGCUGCAGAAGGGGAUGUUAUAGCCACAGCAGAGGAUGGCUAUGAUGUAGGUAGAGUUCAGGAGAAUGAGGAUGAGAGUACGUAUGCAGUGCAGUACAGGCCUGAGUCUGAGGAGUACACAGAAAAUGCUGAGGCAGAGCAUACUGAGGCCAUUCAUAAUCAAAUGCUGCCUGAUCGUGUACGUUUCCACUCAAUCGAACAUGAGGAAGCCAUGAAUGCAGCAUACUCAGGUUAUGUCUACGCUCACCAGCCCUUCCACCGAGGAGAGGAUGAGCGGUAUGCUGAGCCCUAUGCCGACUAUAGGCUGCAGGACCAUGUGUAUGAGGAGAUAGGGGAUGUGCUGGACCUCGAUGUCAGGGAGGGGCUUCAGCUCUAUGAGCGGGAAAGGGAGGAAGCUGACAACUAUCGCACAGAAGCUCUUGGUGCCCGCCUUCAUCAUUAUGAUGAGCGAUCUGAUGGAGAGUCUGACAGCCCUGAGAAGGAGGCAGAGUUUGCACCAUAUCCAAGAAUGGACAGCUACGAACAAGAGGAAGAUAUUGAUCAGAUUGUGGCAGAGGUGAAACAGAGCAUGAGCUCUCAGAGCUUGGACAAGGCUGCUGAAGAUAUGCCAGAGGCAGAACAGAGUUUGGAGCAUGCUCAUGCUUUCCCUGGCAGGGGACAUGAAAGCAAUGGUCAACUGUCAGCUGGUUCUAGGGCCACAGCCAACUCAGGAGAGUUGAUACAGAGGUACAGCAAGGAAAAAAGGGAUGCAAUAUCACUGGCCAUCAAAGAUAUUAAAGAGGCUAUUGAGGAAGUGAAGACGAGGACUGUUCGUUCUCCUUAUACCCCUGAUGAACCAAAAGAACCUAUUUGGGUGAUGAGGCAGGACAUUAGCCCAAGCAGGGACUGUGAUGAUCAGAGGCCACUAGGUGGAGAUUCUCUAUCUCCUGAUUCCUCUUCACUCCGGGGUGCUGAAUCAAGUAGGCAACAUCAUCAGGAUGUCUGCAGUACAGCAGAGCCCUCCACUAAUAAAGAGUCCAGAAGAAGCUUGGCUUCAUUCCCAACAUAUGUUGAAGUUCCUGGACCUUGUGAUCCUGAAGACUUAAUUGAUGGAAUCAUUUUUGCUGCCAAUUACCUUGGCUCCACUCAACUCCUUUCUGACAAAACUCCCUCCAAGAAUGUGAGAAUGAUGCAGGCACAAGAGGCUGUCAGCAGAAUCAAGGUGAGGGAUGACUCUUGCUGCUUCUCAAGUUGGUGUUUUAAAACUGCAGAUGUGAACUUCUUGUAUAUUUAAGUCUUCUCAUGUUGGGUUAUCUGUGAUUUCAGAAACAUUAAGUGCCUAAUCUUUCUUUCUGCA